AUGGUUCGACUGUCCAGACUGCCACGCCGAAUCCGAGACACAUCCGCUACUAAAGUCUGCAGAGAUAACAUUAAUCUGAAGGACUCGAAGGAGUUCGAGGAGGCGGACGAGUAUUGUCCGCAUUGCGAUAAUCAUUAUGUACUGGAGGCGAAGACGCCGAGGGCGGCGUUGAGGGUGGAGAGUGAGGAUGUUAGGAUGGAUAGUCGAUUCAUUAAGGAUGAUAGAUUGAAGGAUUUUGAUGACAGUGAACUGUUCGAUGUAGCUGAGACGGCGGAUAGGUUAGGUUAA